AUGGUCUCCGCCUCCGAUCUCAUGAGGCAGCACCAGGCCCAGCUCGCCCAGGCCAACGCUGCCGCUGAGCUGCCUCCCAUGGCUGACCCCUUCCCGUCGCUCGUAAACGACCCCUUCCCGCCCCAGCAGGCUCAGCAGCCUGCUGCCGCUGCUUCCGCUCCGGACGCCGCCACCAAUGGCGCCCACUCCAACGGCGGCGGCCGCGCCCCCUCUCGCUCCAAGCAGCCCGACCUCGCCUCCGAGUCAGCCUUCCCUUCGCUUGGCGCUGCCGCCAACCCGGCCAAGGGUCAGUGGGGCGCAAAGGGCGCCGCUCCCGUCUCCACCUGGGCCGGCUCCGCCCCCGUCAUCCAGCGCGCCAUCGCCCAGCAGUCCUUCUCGCUCUCGCUCUCGCACGAUUCCGUCACCAAACUCUCCACCGUCAUGUCCAAGGUGCAGAACAAGUACCGCGGCGUCAAGAUCGAGGCCUCCACCACCCGCAAGACCGGCACCACCACCUUCGUCCUCAAGGCCGCCGACGAAGCCGCCAUCAAGAGCGCAAAGCGCGAGAUCACCGUCCUCCUCGCAAAGCACGUCUCUACCCACAUCAUGAUCCCCGCCUCCCUCCGCGCCUUUGUCAUCGGCACCAAGGGAAAGAACCUCAAGGCCAUCACCGACAACACUGGCGUCAAGGUCACCAUCCCGCCUCGCGACCCCAGCGCAGACAACGAUGCCGCCGCCACCACCACCACCACCACCAACAACAACAUCGACUACGAAAACGACGAGCAGAUCGCCGUCUCCCUCGAGGGCGACGAGAUCAACGUCAAGCAGGCCCAAGCCAUGAUCCAAGCCAUCGUCGCAGAACGCACCUCCAAGAUUACCCAGCGCCUCACCCACAUCGACCCUGUCUUCUACCCCUUCAUCGCUGGCCCCAAGGGCGCCAACGUCGCAAAGCUCGAGAGCAACGCAGGCAACACCGACAUCUCCGUCCGCGUCCCUCCCCGUGCCGCCUUCCUCCACGCAAAGGACGCCCAAGACGACGAUGCCGCCGCAGAGCCCAAGCGCGAACGCGACCUCGCCAUCAUCGUCUCGGGCGACCGCGAAAAGGUGAACGCCACCGUCGCCGCCAUCGACGCUCAGGUCGACGCCAUGAAGAGCUCCUUCCGCACCCUCGCCAUCAGCAUCCCCAAACGUCAGCAUCGCUUCCUCGUCGGCGACGCCGCAAACGACAUCCUCGCCGCAACCUCUUGCAGCGUCGAACUCGCCGCCAUCGACGACCCCUCCGACAGCGUCACCAUCCGCGGCCCCCAGAACCAGCUCCCCAUGGCCCUCACCGCCGCCAUGGAGAAGGCCAACGCCGUCCGCGUCGAAGUCGUCGACGUCGUCGCCGCCCACCGUCAGCUCACCCAGGACCCCGUCAGCCACGCCAAGCACCUCCUCCGAUGGCUCAACGUCGGCGCCAAGAUCCCUCGCAGCCCCACCGCCCAGAUCUACCUUCCGCGUCCCGCCAUCGUCGAGUCCACCGGCAACGUCCAGAUCGAGAUCGUCGGCUCCGACCCCGCAGAGGUCUCCAAGCUCCGCGAGUCCGUCUCCGAACUCGUCAAGGCCGUCCCGCCCGCCUUUGUCGAGCAGAUCGACGUCGACCCGCUCCUCCACCGCUUCAUCAUCGGCAAAAAGGGACACGGUCUCAAGCAGUACGAGGCCCGAGGCGUCGACGUCCUCUUCCCUCCCGCCUCGGCCAGCGCCGACGGCGACUCGCGCUCCGACGUCCUCCUCGUCCUCGGCGGCUCCUCCGCCGUCGCCGCCUUGCCGGCAGACCGAAAGGCUCGCGAUGCAAAGGCCCGCGACAUCCUCGCCUCGGUCAAGGACGACAUCCAAAAGGCCCAGGUCGCCGCCGCCGACAUCCGCAGCGAGACCCUCGCCGUGCCUGCCAAGCUGCACCGAGCCAUCCUCGGCCCCAACGGCACCACUCUCAACGCCGUCAUCGGCGAAGAGAGGCUCGUCGCCGUCCGUAUCGGCUCCAGCAAGGCAGCCGCCUCCGCUGACAAGCCUGGCUCGAGCCUCUCCGAGGACUCGAUCCUCGUCCGCGGACCCAGCUCCGAGGUCGAGCGCGUCGUCAAGGAGCUCAACCGCAUCGCCGCCGAGGCCGAGCAGGACAGCAUCGUCAACGGCCACGUCGCCCAGUUCUCGGUCGACGCCAACCACGUGCCUCACCUCGUCGGUCGCGGCGGCUCCGCCAUCACCAAGCUCCGCGAGGAGCUCGGCGUCCGCAUCGACUUUGACGAGCCUGCUGGCACCGACGCUCCGGACGCUCUCAAGAAGGGCAAGAAGGCCGCUGCCACCAAAAAGGUCGUCCUCACCGGCCGCAAGGAGAACGUCGAGGAGGCCAAGAGGCGUCUGCAGACCCAGGUCGAGAGGCUCGCCGACGAGACCAGCGUCACCCUCAAGAUCCCUCAGGAGAUGCACGGCAGCUUCAUCGGCCAGGGCGGCAAGUACGUCACCCGUCUCCAGGACACCUAUGCCGUCCGCAUCAACUUCCCCAACGCCAACGCCCAGCCCAGCGGCCAGUCCACCCCCACCGACAAUGCCGACGACAAGGCCGCUGGCGCACGUGCCAGCCAGAAGCCCGACGAGGUCAUCAUCAAGGGCGGCAGAAAGGGUGUCGAGGGCGCCAAGGCCGAACUGCUCGAGCUGCUCGAGUACGAAAAGGAGAACAACAACGUCUCCAUCCUCAACGUCUCCACCAAGUCCGUCGCCCGCAUCAUGGGCAAGGGUGGCGCUACCAUCAAGCAGAUCCGUGACGAGAGCGAGGCGCAGGUCGACGUCGACCGCCAGGACAACGAGAAGGACGGAACCACGCAGAUCAAGAUUCGCGGCACCAAGAAGGCUCUGGCAGCCGCACGCAAGGCCAUCGAGGCCAUCGCCUCCGAGGUCGAUGCCGAAGAGGUCUACACGCUCACCAUUGCACCCGAGCACCACGGCAUCCUCAUCGGACCUCAGGGAUCCAACAUCCGCGACCUCAUCAUCAAGGCUGGUGGACCCGAGGAUGCCAAGGCCUCGUCCCAGUACGUGCAGUUCCCGCGAAAGAACGACAAGGACACGUCCACCGUCACCAUUCGUGGUCCUGCCGCAUUGGCCAAGGCCAUCCGCGACGAACUCAAGAGCGCCUCCGAUGAGCUUGCCUCGCGCGUCGUCUACGGCGUCGUCGUGGCGCCUCAGGCACAGAGGAUGCUCAUCGGCCGCGGCGGCUCGAGGCAGUCCGAGCUUCAGACCCAGUACUCUGUCCGCCUCGUCUUCCCCGGCUGGAAGGAGUACGCGUCCACUGGCGAGCCCGUCAACAAGGCCGAGCUCACCGGCGGCGAUGAUGCCACCAUCGUCAAGAUCGUCGGAGCCGAGGACAGAUGCCAGGCUCUGGCCGAGGAGAUCAAGUCGAGCUUUGCCUCGGCUUCCAAGUCGAUCGACGUUCCGCGAGGCGUCCACCCCCGCAUCGCUACGCCGCAGUUCUUCCGCCAGCUGCGCUCCGACUUUGGCGUCUCCGUAGACACGCCCAAGGGCUCGGCUUCCGCCUCCACUUCGGCACCCUCUGCCAAGAAUGGCGCCAAGGCGGCUGCCAGCGCGCGCAUCGACGACGACGAGGAUGGCGCGGAGAACGAGUUCGAGCUCGAGGAGCUCAGCUCGGCCUCGGCAAGCGACUCGGUGUCCUGGACCCUGACCGGCAAGGAUGAAGCUGCUCUGCAGAAGGCAGAGAAGCGCAUCCAGACCUCGAUCAAGGAGGCGGGCGACGCCUCGCAUCAGGGCAAGCUCUGGGUGACGCCCUCGGCAGUGCCUCGUAUCAUCGGCCGCGGAGGAAGCGGUCUGAUGAACAUCCAAAAGGAGUCGGGCGCCGCCAUCGAGAUUCCGCGCGACUCGGGCGGACUGUGCAUCAUCCGUGGCUCCAAGGAUGCCGUGCUGCAUGCCAAGGAGCUCAUCGAGAACGUCGCCUCGUCCAGCGGACGUGCUUGA